CAAAUCAUCAUCGUAAUCCUCCUCCUCUUCCUCCGACAUGGAGAUCCGCCGUCUCAUCACAAAUGUCCCAACCGCUGGUCCAUAAACAUAUGAACCUCGUUUUUUACCAAAUUUCUGUUUGUGCACUUGAUAGAUCUUACCCUUUAGUUUUAUGACAGAUUUAUCUGCCAAUUUUCGUUGCCAUGAUCCUUUGUACCCGUAAAGACGAGUUUGGUUUUCACCAACCAAGAAUGCCGGCGCCACAAACGAUGUUUGAAAAGAUGACAAGCUCGCGCCCUUCAGAUACUUGUUCUUCCGAACAAAUGUGAACGGGGCUCGGUAAACAAUGUCAUUGUCUUUGCCCUCAUUAUCGUCGUUCUCACCACUUUUGCUUCGACGAAGAAUAACGAUAGGGGGUGGGGGCGGACCAGAACGAUGGCGUGAACCACGUUUCGACUGUCCUGUGCUUCCUCUCGAUGGUGGUGGAGGCCUGGCCAACUCUAUGGUUGCAACGCUUGCGAUGGUUCUCUGAUCACCUCCACCCUUGUUGCUUUUCUCAACGACUUGUUGAUCGAGUCUCCAAAGCCCAAAUGUUUCUACGAGAUCGACAUGUUUCGGCCUAAUUACGUGAAAGGCAAGUUUUCCCGGCUGUUUCACAAGCGCAUUCCACGCUAAGGAUCCCGUCACAGACAAGGAUUUCGUUGCGAGUUUUGUUGCUGCCGAAGCAGCGUUUGUGGCACUCGACAGAGAAGAAGAUCCCUUCUUUCCUCUGCGGAAAUCGUUCGCGUGGUAACCAGAUGGGGGUCGCUGCCGCGGUCGGGGACGCGAUGGAUCAAUCAUAGAAUGAUCGUAUCCCCCCUUCCUAUUUCUAUCGCCUCUCUGAAUCGGAGUCUCUUCUUCUAGAUCUUCUUCAUCGGAAUCGUAUUCGUCAUAAUCGUCGUAUACAUCGUACGAUUCGUCUUCGUCGUAUUCAUCUCCUGCGCCACCACCACGGAGAUCACCCAAGAUCCGAGCUACCCAAAGCAAGGACUUCGAAGAAUGAGAGGGCAGAUAGGUGUCAUCGAUGAAGUGCGCCUUAAAUAUUUGGUGCGACGAUGGUAUUGUAUGUGUCUGGGAGGAUUGCGAUGCAGUUGUAGCGCCAACAAGACUAUUUUUGGAGUCUAAUUGUAACAGCAUUACCAGCAGCAAAGACAUCGACGACUGCACUGGUAUGUGAAUCAUGCUGUACAAGGAAAUCCUAUUUCUGUUGCGGAAAUGAAGGUAUUUAAAGAGUGUGUAAUACUGGCUUGUUUUGAAGUAGCUAGACAGACGCCAGGCUUUGGCUAGAGGAAACGAGACGAAAAGGGCUUGGAUUUGAUGCCGCUACGGAUGAUCGAUCAUCAAUCGCCGCUCUGAUUUCGGUGUCAGUACACAAAUUGUGAAGUUUUAUCGUUCUUGGUGCGUGACAUGACACGCGAUCCAAAAUUUGAGUGGUGAUCGAAUCGGAGUUCAAGAGCUCAGGGCUCUCGAGUGUUCGACCUUCGUUCAGCAGUUCCUUCUUCCCGUAUUGUAUUGUAGUAAUCGUAGUGCUGCUGCUGUCCAAUUAGAAAUAGUACUGUGGAAGGUUGUGGGCCUGGUCUGUUUUUAGAGUACAGUAGUACUUUACUACUUCUUAUUGCUCGUCACAAAUAGGAGAGAUGUUUUAUGGUGCUGCAAAAGUGGGAUUUGAUUUAAUUGGAGAACAGCAGCAGAGGAAGAAACACCAAAACCAGCGCAGUGGUGCUGCUCCUCUUGUUGGUCGUGGUGGGCAGGAGGAUUAUACUAGUAACUAGUAGUAGUAGUAGUAGUAGUAGUAGUAGUAGUAGUAGUAGUAGUAGUAGUAGUAGUAGUAGUAGUAGUAGUAGUAGUAGUAGUAGUAGUANUAGUAGUAGUAGUAGUAGUAGUAGUAGUAGUAGUAGUAGUAGUAGUAGUAGUAGUAGUAGUAGUAGUAGUAGUAGUAGUAGUAGUAGUAGUAGUAUGCACCCCUAACCAUGAUGAUAUACUAGUAGUGGAGGCCCUGAUAUUUUUAUUUUGCUGGGUAGGCUCACACAAGAGAACCAGAGUACUACUAGUACUACUAGUAGUAGUAGAAAAGAGCUUAUUCUUGUUGCAGUGAAGUUUACACCAGAGGUUUGGGACUUUGUUCUUGAGUUCCCACUCAAGGAUAUUACCAACCCUCCUGCUAGCUAGAGGUGCCAUCAUGCUAGAACAAUUGACAUUUUUUCCUCCUCUUGUAGAUUUUCUCUUUGUGGCAGCUGGCUACAUAGAAGAGAUGUGCUGGUGCAUAUUACUACAUGGGCAGUGGUGGUGCAGUACUACUACUACUUCCAGUGCCAUUUCUCAGGAGUGAGGAAUAAUUCAACUUCCACUGCUGCAUAGUAGUAGCACUAGUACUCCAGCAACAAUAUCCUGGUUUUCAGCAAGACAUUUGACCAUUGACUUCUCCAGGAUGCAACCAAGGUGCUUGAGCAGGAACUAAGUGGGGUAGUAGAGAUGUAUGUGUGUUGGGGGGGAGGGGGGUUACUGCAGCAGAUGACUGGAGUCAAUCAAUACUGGCAGAAUAUUCCUUUGGGCCCUCCAUGUUGCAACCCCCAGAAUCAGGCUCUGUAAAAGUAGUUUAGGUAGGCAGGGAAUAGUACUUCUUAUUGCUGCCACCACCACAGAGAAAUGGGACGUUGAAGCAUCCUAGUAGUUCAUGGUAUGGAAAAAAUUCCCUGAAUUCUGAAUUGUUGCUCCAGGAGGGGGAUUCAGGGGGCAGUUAAGUGCAUGGGGUUUGAAUUUAGCAGUCAAUACCAGUAGACUGCAUACAAGGCAUAAGACAUGGAGAUACCACCAUAGUACUAGUAGUAAACAAAUUUGGUUAUUUUCUGGUCACAAUCUGGCACACCACAAACCCACCAUAGUGUGACUUUAUAAUCAGAUUGCUGCAGAUUUAAUGUAAGAAAAUUCUCUGCAGUUCAAUAGCAAGAACUUUCUGAGUUGGACAAUCUCUGUUGAUAUAAACUCAAUAUUUGGGCAAUUUGAAUGCAUCUUCUUGUGGACUGUUCUUAACCCAACCAGCAAAUGAUACUUACAUGGUGGGUUGUUCCCAAUAUUAGAGCUGCACAAGUUAUGGGGUUCAAAUGGUCUAUCAAAUGGAUUAUUUUUUGGGUUCAACUAUUUAAUUGAUGGUGCCAAGGGUCCUACCCACCAGUCAUUUAAGAACUAGACUUUUUGCACCUGAUGGCCAACAAGAUUAAAUGAUUUGCAAAAGUGUUUCUUUAGUACAGAGAACUUUACUUGCUCUACUACUGAGCAUUCUUGUCCCAAAAAGAUGCAUACUGGCAGUACCACUGUUGAAACCUUUACUGCAAUAGUCACCCAGUAAAACAGUACAGGGGAAAGAAAUAAUGUUUGGACAUUUCAUCAUGUGUUUUCCACUAUCACUUACUACAUUCAAUUGUUAUGUUACACAGCAUAGUGUAAAUUCAAAAUCCAUAAGUUUACCUGAAGCACAACUAAUAUAUUCAAGGCAUCAAUUUACAUACACAACCAUCACAUUCCCAAAGUUUUCACACCCCUACGCCUCACCCUAUUUCCGGCUGCUCAGCAGGGACUUGGUUGUGCAACUAUAUCAUUGCUAAGAACCAAAAAUUCUGGCAGAAUGCCCACGAGAAAAAACCACUAGCAUAUAAUGUUUAACUUCCUUGCAAUUUCCAGAGAACACUCAAUAUAGGUAGCCUCGUGAUGUUGUACACCAAAAUAAAUUUAAAUAUUCAUCUGAGUGAUCCAUACUAUUUUAUUUAUUGCUGAAAGGAAACAGAAAAAAUGUUUAUGGUCUAGCUAGGUGCCAACUCAUCAGUAGAAGUAUGGAUGAGGAGUUAUCCUGGAUUCUGACCUUACUACUACUUACUGUAUCAACCUUCCACAAAUUUUGUCAUGUCAGAGGCACAGAGGUAGAAGGUUUGAUAAAAUCUAAAAAAUUCGUCCUUGCUGACCCAGAAUGCUCCAUCGUCUUGAAAUACUGGUUUCAGUUCUUCCUUGAUUUCUGGGUAUUCCUCCCAACCCGGACCGUCGUCAUCAAACUCACCGUCGUCUAUUUCACCAGUACCCCAAGGAUUCCGCACGUUGACGAGACCACGGCCAGUCCCAGCGACAUCACUGUAGGCUGCGACAACAGAAUAGGCGUGGUCUGCUACCAAUCCCGAGUCUUGCCCGAUGGAGCUUCUUCCACCUGCUCCGGUUGUAGCUGCAGACAUUAUAUAAUUCGUUGCAUCCCACUUGCAGAUGCGUUCGAACAAAUCAUCCUCGGUAAUUUCUCCUGAUCCGAUGCAACAAACACCAUGGGAAAGGUUACCAGUUAUGAGAAUAGGACAAGU